AUAUUUAACUAUAAAAAACAAAACUUAAUCAACAAAGACUUGGAGUGAAAAUAAAAAAUAAAUCUUAAAAAGAGUUUAACAAAAUUUGUUUAAGUCCAAAGAAGGCAAAGGAACAUCACAAACACACAUCAGGAAACACUCAAAUAAAAUUCGCCAAAAAUCGCAGAUCGCUGGAAACCAAUUCGUGUGAAAUCGGUCAAGCCCCCAACGACUUUUAGCCCGUCUCAGACGGAGCACCGCCAAGAUUCUCACCGCCAGCAGCGCAAUGAACUCGUACUUUGAGCAGGCCUCCGGCUUUUAUGGCCAUCCGCACCAGGCCACCGGAAUGGCGAUGGGCAGCGGUGGCCACCACGACCAGACGGCCAGUGCAGCGGCGGCCGCGUACAGGGGAUUCCCCCUCUCGCUCGGCAUGAGUCCCUAUGCCAACCACCAUCUGCAACGCACCACCCAGGACUCGCCCUACGAUGCCAGCAUCACGGCCGCCUGCAACAAGAUAUACGGCGAUGGAGCCGGAGCCUACAAACAGGACUGCCUGAAUAUCAAGGCGGAUGCGGUGAAUGGCUACAAGGACAUUUGGAACACGGGCGGCUCGAAUGGCGGCGGGGGUGGCGGCGGAGGCGGUGGUGGCGGCGGAGCGGGCGGAACAGGUGGAGCCGGCAACGCCAAUGGCGGUAAUGCGGCCAAUGCAAACGGACAGAACAAUCCGGCGGGCGGCAUGCCCGUUAGACCCUCCGCCUGCACCCCAGAUUCCCGAGUGGGCGGCUACUUGGACACGUCGGGCGGCAGUCCCGUUAGCCAUCGUGGCGGCAGUGCCGGCGGUAAUGUGAGUGUCAGCGGCGGCAACGGCAACGCCGGGGGCGUACAGAGCGGCGUGGGCGUGGCCGGAGCGGGCACAGCCUGGAAUGCCAAUUGCACCAUCUCGGGCGCCGCUGCCCAAACGGCGGCCGCCAGCAGUUUACACCAGGCCAGCAAUCACACUUUCUACCCCUGGAUGGCUAUCGCAGGUGAGUGUCCUGAAGAUCCGACCAAAAGUAAGAUAAGAUCUGAUUUAACACAAUACGGCGGCAUAUCAACAGACAUGGGUAAGAGAUACUCAGAAUCUCUUGCGGGCUCACUUCUACCAGACUGGCUAGGUACAAAUGGUCUGCGAAGACGCGGCCGACAGACAUACACCCGCUACCAGACGCUCGAGCUGGAGAAGGAGUUCCACACGAAUCACUAUCUGACCCGCAGACGGAGAAUCGAGAUGGCGCACGCGCUGUGCCUGACGGAGCGGCAGAUCAAGAUCUGGUUCCAGAACCGGCGGAUGAAGCUGAAGAAGGAGAUCCAGGCGAUCAAGGAGCUGAACGAGCAGGAGAAGCAGGCGCAGGCCCAGAAGGCGGCGGCGGCAGCGGCUGCGGCGGCGGCGGUCCAAGGAGGACACUUAGAUCAGUAGAUCCUUAGAUCCGUAGAUCCUUAGAUCCGUAGGGUGUAUGUGGGUGCUGACGCGGAGACAGAUACAAAGCAACUAUAUUGUAACAAAUGAACUAUUUACUUAAAUGAAUAAUAUUUAAAUAUUUUGAUGGUACUUGUGCGAAUACGAAACUUAACCUAAAUCGAACCUAAUGGAAUUAUUUCAAGCGUUUGAGCAGCAACCGAAAAUACGUAAAUGAAACAAAACUACAAACUAAUUAACUAGGCUAAGUAAAUAAAAAGUAGUGGAAAGAGCGCAGAUUAUAAACCUACUUAGAAUUAAAUGAGCAUGACAAACAAUUUUAAUUUAGUUCCAAACGAAAUAAUUCAAGAGGAUUCUCUCGAAAUGGAAACCUCUGUCCUGCCCCUUUGUUGCUUACUGCUAUGUUUAAAUUAAUUUCGCGAAAAAUACUCAAAAAUUGAAACACAAAGAGAAGAAAAAAACGAGAGUAUACCAUUAUAAUGUUGAAUGCGAGCAAAAUUCUGUUGAUAUGAAUUUUUGGUAAAAACAUGUUCUAAACCAAUUUAAGAUACGUAACGAAGGAUACAAAAACAAAAUGAAAACUAUUAAACUUUAACUUAAAUAUAAAUAGAAUUUGUUAGCCAAGUAAACAUAUUACGACACGAAGAACAAACGUUUUCGGGAGUAUCGAAUAUUUGAAUGUGUAUAGUUUGUGCUUAUUAAAUAAAAUAAUGCAAUUUUAGUUAACUCUGUUUAUUUGUAAACGAAUUUGUUUAGUUCUCGCCCAAACGACUAGAGUGAAGCUGUUUCUUUAAGUAAUGUGUAGUGUGUUUACCUUUUAAAUUAAAUUAAUGCCUAAUUUUAUUAUUAUUAUGUUUAGUUUAAUGACAAGCGUUUAUGAGAUUAUCCGACAGAAGCGGCGAGAUGAGGAGUGCGACAAACCGUUUGCCCCGGCAAACGCAAAUAAAUUAUUGGUUUUGAAAAAAUCUAAA